AUGCAUCCCAUUGUCCAAUACCAGCAGGACCUCCACGCAUGCAUCGGAAUGGCCUCUUAUCACACUGAUGGGGGCCAGAGCGGUUCGGCCGUGCUUGACGAAGAGGUGGACGAUGAUGCCGUGCCGGACGAAGUCCUUGCAGCCGAAGGCCAUGCGACAAGCCAGGCCAAGGGCAAGGGCAUCCUGCUGCCAAUGAGCGAGGAGGGUAGGGCUUCUGGCUCGCAGGAAUCACUGACCAUCCUAGUGACCGACGGGUCGGCAGCAAACGAAGGCGGUUCUCGACAGACUUCUGAAAAUGCCAUAGUUGUAUCGUCUACUUUGUCUCGACCGAAUUCUGCAGCUUCCACGACCCCUUCGGCUCCCACGGCUAUUGCCUCCUCCGCACUAUCGUCGCAUACAGAGCUUCAUACCAAUCAGGCUUCUCCAGCCCCUCCGAUAGUCCCAGAUGCUCUGCCUCCUCCUCUCCCUACAAUGCUGGCAGCAGAACCACAGCCACAGUCACAACUGCUACUUCCGUCACUGUUACUUCCUCUAGUCCCCUCCCCCCCUCCGGCCUAUGCAUCUCGCCGUGAUCCGGAAAGACCGACGACCAGCACUUUGACGGAGACACGCCGCCGACUUCAGUCUCCGUCGCCACCACUUCCUCCUCCACCACCUUCUCCACGGCCACGUGCCGUCUCAGAAUGGGUUCCUUCGACCCGACAGGAACAAACAUCUGUCGUGCUGCCGUCACUGCGAGACGCAUUGCAAGACGUUUCCCUCCCCCGUUGGCAGCCCGAUGCUGAGGUGACGUACUGUCCUAUCUGCCGCACGCAGUUCAGUAUAUUUGUUAGGAAGCACCACUGCAGCUGCUCACCACAUCGCAUCACUAUUCCCUAUCAGUACAUUGUCCAUCCUCCCGGCUGGUAUUCGUUCAGGACACAGGCAGCCGCUGCUGCAAGUGUUGGAGACGGCGGUGUUGGGGGAUUUGGCAACUCUCCUAUUGAUGUUAGCACUCUCGGUGGUGGAGAGCGUGUUCGUCUUUGCAACCCCUGCGUGCCGGAUCCCAACAUUGCGCCUCCACACACAGCGUGGUCCUCAGACCUAGCAUCGCUGUUUCCGUCGACAGGACCACAGACCCGUGGCCAAUAUCGUACUGUCCGAACGGUCUGGGGUCCCAGCCGUGGUCCGAUGUUCGCGACAUUUCAUCCUCUACCGCCUGGCGCUGUUAGACAACCAUCGUCUGUGGGACCGGACUCCCUGCUGACAGUCUCGCCGGCCUCGCCUUCGUCGCAGCGCCACCACCGCCUCAGCCUUCCGCCGCCGUCAUCUGCGCCGGGCACUAGCUCUGAGCCCCAGAUGCAUUUUGUGGUGCACCAGCGACGAACUCAGCGGCCUGGCCUUGCUGACCCAACCACGCGACAGCAGAUACGGCAACCGCAGUAUCAAGCUCGGGCACAGCCGCUCGCCGAGGAGGACGAGUGUCCCGUGUGCCACCUGGAACUGCCAUCGCGACAGCUGUCUAGCUUUGAGGAGCAGCGAGAGCAGCACAUCAUGGACUGUCUGGAGGCACACGGCGGCAGCCAUCAGGGACGCCGGAGGACGGCCAGCGGUGACGGCAACAGUCCCCGUGGGGGCGGCAGCAGUGGAAAUGGUGGCAGCAGCAACAGCAGCAGCAGCAGCAGUGGCGGUGGCAGCAGUACCGACGGGAUCAGUGGCGAUGGCGGUGUCUUUCGGCAGCCACAGCCACAUGUGUGGCGCACAGGCAUGUUUCCAUACCUAGCUACAGAGAAGGACUGUGUGGAUGCUGCCGAGUGCACCAUCUGUCUGGAGGAGUUUGAGGUCGGCGUGCCCAUGGCUCGGCUAGAAUGUCUCUGCCGCUUUCAUCGGGAAUGCAUCCAGGCCUGGUUUGUGAAGCAUCCUGGCCGGUGUCCGGUGCACAAUCAUGACAGCUCCGACUAUUAG